AUUGGACGACCGAUGCGGAAAUGCAGAAAAUUUGAGAAUUACGAAUGUCGGGAAUGAUGAACCUGAGGCUGCUGCUUGGAUGGCAGGCCUCGAAUUUCAUGUUAAAAGUUCAAUAAGCUGGCAGCAAGAUGCAGACGUUAUUUUGGCCGAGUUUGAUCAUCGGGUUCCUGAUUCAAAGGAGCUCUGCACGACUCUUGGACGACAACUGCAAAACCUCAACGGGGGGAAGAAUUACGAAUGGUAACGACGCUGAACUGGAGGCUGCUGCUUGGAUGGCAGGCGUAAGUAAUGAAACACAUUUUCUAUGUGGCGGCACUCUGAUUCAUAAACGAUUUGUGUUGACCGCCGCUCAUUGCAUUAAAGAUCAGGGCAAAUUAUUCGUGAGAUUGGGAGCGUAUAACCUAUCGCUCCAUGUCGUAGAGUACAGUAUCAGCAAUGCGGUGUUUCACAGGGAAUACUCUUACGAAACGGGACAAAAUGAUAUUGGCCUUCUUCAACUACCUCUUGAUAUUGUGUUUACUGGGCAAAUCUAUCCAAUCUGCAUUGAUUUAAGUCCCACGGCGAAGAGGGAAGUGGAGAAUGCUAACACAUUCGAUGCCUAUGGCUGGGGAGAAACACGGACAGCCCGCUUAAGUCAAAUUCUUCAGAGAGUCACACUCGAUCACUACGAUCGCAGUAGGUGCAACAGGAUAGCACGUUCGCCACUUACUUUAAAUCAGAUUUGUGCUGGGUCCUUAAACCGUGACACCUGUAGGGGUGAUUCUGGUGGUCCGCUCAUCAGAAAAGUUAAUUAUAAUGGCACUCGACAUCUGACGCAGGUGGGAAUGGUGAGCUAUGGUUUAAGAUCAUGCAGUGGACUGGGGGUUUAUACCGAUGUCACUAGCUAUGCUGACUGGAUUGAGGAAAAGAUUGAAUCUCUAUUUCCCGAGUAUUCUUCACCCACUCCAGCCAUCGUCAAUACGGUCUCCAUUAGACCUCCUCUUGAAACAGAUGAUUUCGGUGCCGAGAACUUUGGCGGAGCCCGAUUAUUAUUUGAACCAUGCGGAACUUCACUGAGUACGAGAAUUCGGAAUGGUGAGAACGCCGAACCGGAGACUGCUGCUUGGAUGGCCAGAAUACAUUAUGAAUCUCAUUUUAUAUGUGGCGGCACCGUCAUUCACAAACGCUUUGUAUUAACCGCCGCUCAAUGCUUAAUAGACAGACAAGAAGGAAACCUAUUUGUGAAGUUGGGAGAAUACGACAUACGGCUUCCAGCCCAGGAGUAUAGUGUCAGAAAGAAGAUUAUUCACAAUGGAUUUGACCUAAGAAAAAUGAAUGAUGAUAUUGGCCUUUUGCAACUAUCACGUGAUAUUGAGUUUAGUUGGCAUCUCUUUCCGAUCUGCAUUAUUCUGAAUCCGGAAGUUAGAAGCAAAGUCGAAAGUGCUUAUACAUUUGACGCCUAUGGAUGGGGAAGAACAAAUACCAGCCGAACAAGCAACCUCCUGCAGAAAGUCACUCUCGAUCGAUACGAUCGCAAUUUGUGUAACACCAUAUUAUUAGUUUAUCUUCGUUCAAGUCAGAUAUGUGCUGGAUCUAAUGUAGGAGAUCCCUGUGAUGGCGACUCUGGCGGUCCCCUGACAAAAAAGGUCAUUGUAAAUGGGAUUCAACGUUAUACGCAGUUCGGGAUCACAAGCAAAUACCAUGGAAUAGCAGUUUUUACCGAUGUCACCAGUUAUGUUGACUGGAUUAUGGAACAGGUUAGGGAGUUUCAGACUAUGAUAUUUUUCCCAUAAGAAAUAUUGAUAAAUAAAUACAUGUAGGUAUGUUGA